UGAUGGAGAACUGUCAAACUAUAUUACAGUUUACAGUGAAGGCAACAAAUCACAAAAGCUGAUAUAUUUAUUUUUAUUAUUGUGUUAUUGAUGUGUUAGGUGUAAAUUCAGUUUAAAUCGAGGGCUGAUGUAAGAAAUAUUGGAUCGUCCAUAAAUGAAGCCAGAAAACGCGAGAUUAGUUUCUUAUUCUGUUUAUAUGCCUUAGGCCUUAUUCUGCCUGUAACGUGGUCACUACUUGCCGCUAGCUGAAUAACGACUUUCAACAGUGGGUUUUUAAUCCAAAGCAACAAUUUUUGCUGAAACCGCGUAGUAUUCUGUACUACUUGAUAGUUAUCAAACAAAAACUUGGAAUUCAAAAGACUAGUGUGGUUGGUUAGUUGAUUCUCACAUUCACUGAAUGGAAAAUUUACAAUGAGUUUAACUAGCGACGAAGUGAAUUUCCUAGUGUACCGCUAUCUGCAGGAGUCAGGCUUUCAACAUUCUGCGUACACGUUCGGCAUCGAAUCGCAUAUUUCUCAGUCGAACAUAAAUGGGGCUCUGGUCCCCCCUGCGGCUCUCCUCAGUAUUCUGCAAAAGGGGCUGCAGUACACGGAGGCCGAAAUUAGCAUAGGGGAGGAUGGGACGGAGCACCGUCUGGUUGAAAGUCUCAGCCUCAUUGAUGCGGUGAUGCCCGACGUGGUGGCCACAAGACAAAAUCAACAGAACCAGCAGAAACAGGCAAUUAAAAACGAAACAAAUGAAGCUAAUGGAGAGGAAGCUGCGGUUGCUCCUGCCCAAGCUGAGGCGAUGGACCUGGAUUCAUCUAUAGAAAUUCCACCUUCGAAAGCAACGGCAUUGAGAGGUCACGAAUCGGAAGUGUUUAUCUGUGCUUGGAAUCCGACCAAAGAUCUGCUAGCAAGCGGUUCUGGUGAUAGCACUGCUCGAAUAUGGGAUCUGAAUGAUAAUGCCGAGCCCAAAGCUCAACUCAUUUUAAGACAUUGUAUCAGAAAGGGAGAAUGCGAAGUGCCUAGCAACAAAGAUGUGACCUCUUUGGAUUGGAACUGUGAUGGUUCGCUUUUGGCUACAGGAAGUUACGACGGUUAUGCUCGAAUUUGGAAUACUAUUGGACUUCUAACCACUACACUGGGACAGCAUAAAGGGCCAAUAUUUGCAUUGAAGUGGAACAAGAAAGGAAACUACAUUCUCUCAGCUGGUGUGGAUAAAACGACAAUUAUUUGGGACGCAGCAAGUGGUCAGUGCACUCAGCAAUUCAGUUUCCAUUCAGCGCCCGCUUUGGAUGUCGACUGGCAAACAAAUACAUCGUUUGCUUCAUGUUCAACUGACCAGUGCAUUCACGUAUGCAAACUAUCAAUGGAUAGGCCGAUUAAAUCAUUCCAAGGACACACUAAUGAAGUGAAUGCAAUCAAGUGGGACCCUCAAGGAAACCUGUUGGCAUCGUGUUCGGAUGAUAUGACCCUGAAGAUUUGGUCAAUGAAACAAGACACUUGCGUUCAUGACUUGCAAGCUCAUUCAAAGGAAAUCUAUACAAUUAAAUGGUCCCCCACUGGACCCGGUACUCAAAAUCCCAACAUGAAUCUGAUACUGGCGUCUGCUAGUUUUGACUCCACUGUGCGUUUAUGGGAUGUUGAGCGAGGGGCAUGUAUGCAUACGCUGACGAAACACACUGAACCAGUCUACUCUGUUGCCUUCAGUCCCGAUGGGAAAUUUUUAGCCAGUGGCAGUUUUGAUAAAUGCGUACACAUCUGGUCAACGCAGUCUGGACAACUAGUCCACAGCUAUAAAGGUACAGGAGGAAUUUUCGAAGUGUGUUGGAAUUCUAGAGGGGACAAAGUGGGGGCGAGUGCUUCGGAUGGAAGUGUCGUUGUAUUAGAUCUGCGUAAGUUGUAAAUGUUUUUACCAUGGCAUUUCCUGUGCUGUAAGUUGGUUGCGGCCUUUUAGUUUAAAUGUUUGUAUCGAGUUCUGAAGUUACACACAUUUUUGGAGUGAUUAAAUAUGAAUAACACAUUACCUGGAAA